GGAGGCAGGAAAUGUCAGAAAUUGUGCAACUUCCGGAUUUGACACACGUUGACAGCUGUCAGAAUAUUCGUUCAAUUUUUCCCAGAUAAAUAUCGUUUUAGUCAUAUUUUUAUAUUUGCUUUUACAAAUUUAACAUCAGUACAAUGUCGUCAAUCGAAGAAUUACAAAAGAAGGUGAAACAAUUAGAAGAGGAACUGGAAAAAUCAAGACAAUCUGGUGCAGUAAGAACAAAAAUUUCUCAGAUGAGCUCAGAAGUUGUUGAUUCAAAUCCGUACAGUCGUUUAAUGGCAUUGAAGAGAAUGGGAAUCGUUGAUGAUUAUGAGAAAAUCCGAGAUUAUACUGUGGCAGUAGUGGGAGUUGGAGGAGUAGGAUCUGUGGCCGCUGAAAUGUUAACUAGAUGUGGCAUAGGGAAGCUAUUACUGUUUGAUUACGACAAGGUAGAGUUAGCCAACAUGAACAGAUUAUUUUAUCAGCCAAAUCAAGCUGGAAUGAGUAAAGUAGAGGCAGCAGAGAGAACAUUAAGGGAGAUAAACCCAGAUGUCAUAUUUGAGAUAUAUAAUUAUAACAUCACAACAAUGGAUAACUUCCAACAUUUUAUGGACAGAAUUAGCCAUGGUGGGAUAACAGAUGGUAAACCAGUUGAUCUGGUUCUCAGUUGUGUUGAUAACUUUGAAGCUAGGAUGACAAUUAAUACUGCAUGUAAUGAAUUAGGCCAGUCUUGGAUAGAGUCAGGAGUUAGUGAGAAUGCUGUCUCUGGUCACAUACAGUUUAUAGUACCUGGUGAUACAUCAUGUUUUGCUUGUGCCCCACCUCUUGUUGUAGCCACACACACAGAUGAGAAGACAUUAAAAAGAGAAGGAGUUUGUGCAGCAAGUCUUCCCACCACUAUGGCAAUUGUUGCUGGGUUCUUAAUACAAAACACAUUAAAAUAUUUAUUAAAGUUUGGUAAUGUGACCUACUAUUUAGGCUACAAUGCAUUAAAAGACUUCUUCCCAAUGAUGGCAAUGAAACCUAACCCUGAAUGUGAUGACUGUAACUGCAGAAAGCAACAAGAAGAAUUUAAGAAAAGAGAAGCAUUGAAGCCCAAACCUGUAGUGGUUGAAGAAGUAGAUACUGCACCGUUACACGAUGAGAACCCAUUCGAAAUAGAAAUAGUUUCUGAAACAACAGAAGAGGAAUUGAAACAGGCUGAAGGAGAGAAACCUCAGCUAACAGAAGGGGUCACAGUAGCAUACACAAAACCAGCCAAAUCAGCCACAAAUGACACAUCAGCAACAGUAGGAGAUGUUUCAGGACAAAGUCUGGAUGAAUUAAUGAAACAAAUGCAAAGUUUAUGAUGUUCAUGUUGUGAUAAUAUCUUGAAAUACAUUUUAAAAUUAUGCUUCAAAAUUAAUUUAACAUGUAAAGAAAUACUGGCUAUUUCUGAAGUAUUAAAGCAGUACUAGUCAAGACAUGUGAAGAUAUGUGCCAUUCAAGAAGGACAGGAGAAGCAGACAUGGAAAUGAGUUGUCUGCCCUUUGUUUCUAUAUUCCAUUACAAAAGAUAACAACAAUAUUGUAAAACAAAUAAUAUAAAUUUAUAACAGUUUAAGGAUGCAGACCUAGGUUAAGGGAAAUAACUCUUAAAAUCAUCAAUACGUUUGAGUCAACCAUUUUCAUCAAUAUAUUCUUAGCUUCUAGGUUACAUAGAUUAUUUUCAAUCUGUUAAGGUAAAUGCUUAAAAUACAUUGAUGAAUUUUACUUUUACAAACGCCUAACUGAUUUAAAGAGUUAUCUCCCUGAACCAAGGUCUACCCCCUUAAGUAUAAACAUGAUGUUACAGAUUUUAAUAGAACUGGUAAAUAAUUCUAGAAGCAAGAAACUUUCUAUUAAUGUUUUAAGCUUUAGAUUGAUUUAAAAAAAUCAGUUAUUUUUGGUGUUAUUUGAACUAAUAAUAUAUAUUUUGACAGGACAGUCAGAUGCAGUGUAUUAAAACAUUCUAAAAUUCAAUAAAAUAUGAAAAACCAUUCCUAUAUGUUUGUAAUUUGGGUGUUUUUUUCGUAUACUUUGUUGAUGAUAACUCAGUGUAUUUAAAAAUUCUAAAAAUUGAAUAAAUAUAUGAAAUACCUUUCUUAUGUGUUUGUAAUUUUCAACUUUUUUUGUUUUUGGUAUACAUUGU